AUAACUUUAGAAUGAAUUAUAAGUCAAGUAACAAGUAUAAUGAUGCACAAAGGAAUAUAAAUAAAAAUAACAAUUAUGUUCCAUUAACUAAAAGAAUGCGACCUAAUAAUUUAAAUGAUUAUGUUGGUCAGAGUCAUGUCAUUGGACCAAAAACUGUAUUAUACAAUUUAUUAAAAACUGGUGUGAUUCCAAGUAUGAUAGUAUGGGGACCUCCAGGUUGUGGAAAGGAUGCUUUGGUUAAUCUAAUCAUUGAAGAAAAUAAAACAUUGUGUGAUGGAUUGAUAACAUUGAUUGAAUUAUCGGCAUCAACUGCUAGUAUUAACGAUAUCAAGAAAGCCGUUAAAGAGGCAAAAACUACAUCUAAUCAGACGAUAAUCAUUAUGAAUGAAAUUCAUAAAUUUAAUAAACUUCAGCAAGAUAUUUUUCUUCCACACGUUGAAGCUGGUACAUUUAUUUUAAUUGGCAUUACAAUUGAAAAUCCAUUUAGUUUAAAUUCGGCGUUACUGAGUAGGUGCCGUAUCUUUAUGUUAAAUAAAUUACAAAAAGAUGAUUUAAUUUCUAUACUGUCUAAAGCUGUAAAGUCCAUAAAUGGAGAGAUAAUAUUAAAAAGUAAAAAUGCAACUGAAAGUAACGUUACAACUUCAUUUUUUAUUGAUCAAGAAGUUAUUGUUUGGUUAGCGGAAAUGUGCGAUGGGGAUUGUAAAAUAGCGUUAAAUGGAUUGGAAAGUGCCGUUGAAGCCAAAGUAUCUAAUAUCGAUAAAUCUACAAAGCCAAUAAAUUUAAAUAUAAGUGACAUAAAAUGUUCGCUAACAGCAAUCCAAGCUACAAAUAAUAAACAGAGCGAUAAUAUUUAUCAGAUGCACUCUGCACUGCAUCAUUGCAUAAUAGGAGAUGAUGAGAAUGCUGCUUUAUAUUGGCUCGCAAGAAUAAUGGAAACUGGUGAAGAUCCUGUUUACAUUGCAAAACGAUUGGUUAGAGUAGCGAGUGAAGAUAUUGAUUUUGAUGAUGAAGAUGCACCACAGCGAUUCAUACAAUGCAAGCAUGUCAAAUGAUAGGAAUGCCCGAAUGCGAUGUAUUUUUAGCGCAGUGUGUUGUAUAUCUAUCGAGGGCUGAAAAAUCAAAAGAAA